AGUUCAGUCCUGAUAUAGAAGAUGUAUCUUCUGGAGAUGACUGUUUACACUGUACAAACUGUCCUACUGGCUUCAAACAUCAUCCAUGGAGGUAAUAUUACAGAUUUUAUUACAAAUACGACUUAGAAGAUUAGUCAGUUGUGCGCUAGUCACACCCUAUUUUACUGUUGUCACCACCAGGUAGCAGGUUAUCGCAACAGAAAAAUUAGUCAUCGGGUGUGACCAAUAAGUUGUUAUAACUUUCACAAAAUUUUAACUUCAAACGCCCAAAUUCUGGGGUUAAAGGGAAAGUAUUUUCAAUUAUUUCCCUAAGACUAAGUAUAUUAAUAUAUUUGAAACGAAAUAGCUUCAAUUCUCAUUAUUAUUAUACAUUUGACAUUUUGAUCAAUUUGAUGGUGUACCUGGCCUGACCUGGCUGAAUGGAAAUGUCGUAAUUAAGUAAAGAAGCAUAGCGUCAUAAACUCACAAGGCUAAGUGUGUUUGAAAAAUUUCGAACGAGCUUGGAACAGAUACUGACAUGAAGUAACAUAAACUUCAAAGGUUUUCCUGAGGAACGUUUUCUCAACCCCCCCGCUCUUUAUUGUAGAUGUUCGUUAUACCAAAAUUGGACGCCCUCUUUCAGGACCCUGGCUAAAAGCCAUUUGGAUCGGAUUAAAUCGAAUUAAUUAUUUGGAUCGAAAUAAAAUGAAUUAAUUAUCCAUGACAAGGCGGUUGUCGCUGCAUUAUUCGUUUGAUACUUCAAUUGGACGUCACUUUGUCAGCUUCUUGACAUGUAUUUCUUGCUUUUAUAUUUAUUUGGUUAAUUAAAUAUUUCCACUUGAAUGAGAAAUUUAUUUUAUUAAAGGAUUCUUCGGAUCGGAAUUCUUUAUCAAAACUCGGAUUUGGAUUAGACAACUUCGGAUCAGAUUGGAUUUUAUACAUUAGCCAAUUGUCGGAUUAUAAAUGUCCAAUCCGAUCCGAUGCACACCUCUCUAUUAGCUAGUGACUAAAAAACCAGAAAACUGUAGAUGGGUAGCGAUUCAACUACCUAAACAAUACAAGUAAAAUUUCAAUGUUUCGAGCGUCGAAUUGUCGACGUUUAACUUGUAUUUUCAGGUGGUUGAAUCAUCUGACUCAUCUACAGUUUUCUGAUGAUUUGUGCAUGCCAUGUAGCGUUCUACAGCUUCCUUUUCACUGAUUUGUCCAUAAUCUAUUUUGUUAUGUUUAGACGGAAUUGUUCAUCCUGCAACUGUGACACAUAUCAUCAUGCUGCCAUGUAUAAUCCGUACAAUAACCCAAUAGACAGAAUGUGUGUAGAAGAAGAUACAUUAUCAGCAAUUGAUGAAGCUAGAGAUAAAGGAUAUGCUUGGGUACCACGUGGUUUGUCUGAUCUUGAGGUAGGAUCGCAUGGCCUAAUGACACAAACAAUAGCCUCUCACGGUCACAAAAUUUAAAUUAACAAUAUUUUUUUUUUAAUUAAAAUGAAAAUACUUUCAAAUACACAAAAAAGUAUUGGUUAAUGUCUGCAUGUUUAUGAAAUAUACCACUUGUAAACGAGGUAUUUUCAUGACUCAAUGACUAUAAUAUACCUCUAUUACAUGAUUUACAUCUGCCUUUAUUCCAAGUGACUAAGACUAUAGUAGGCUGCUUGACUAAUAACUUUCAAAUGAUCAUGUUCAGUAAAAAAUAUAAAAAAAAAUCCUUUUCUAUCUAUAAUCAGCUUCUGCCCUCAACAUUUUAGUCGUUACUACUUGCAUGUUGCAUGGAGUUUGAUUUAGAUAAUUUUCUGUGAAUUUGUACAAUAUUUUAAGCUCAAUACAAUUUCAGCACGAUGACAAUUUCAGACCGCCACCCAUCGGAAGCUAAAUCACACUUUACCUUAACGCUUACUGUCGCAACGCAGGUAUUGAUCUGAAAGUUGCAAAUCACCUUCACUUCCCCAAACACUUGGAAGAGCACUCGUUAUCUAUCGUACACGUGCGUUUAGCUUUCUCGUGACGAUACCACGUGCACAGCCGGUUGCUGGCUAGCUCCCUUUGAAAGUUUGCGGACUUAACAGGAUCACGUACAAGAGGCCUAAGGACUAUAGCCUGCUAGAAUACGGCAAUAACGAACCGAGUAGUAAGCAGCUAAAAUGCAUUUUACUGAACGUAUGUUUUGCAACAUAAUCAUAAAUUAUCUUGCAGUUAAGGAAGUUUCGAUUUCAAAUUAUCGUAUUGGAUUGUGUUUACGAAGUGAUAGUGUUUUUUAAUGUGAAUUGCAUUCUUAAUUUAAGGUUGAACAGUACAUGAUGUUUCUGCCAACAUCCAAAGUUCCAAGACUUGGCUCCGACGGUCUUACGUAUCGUGCCCAACAGCUCACAUUUCAACUUCCUUUGCAUGAUUUCUCAGCCAAUUACACGAAAUUUCUACCAGCUGAUCAGAAAGAGUAUUUUGACUCCGCAGUUGAGACAGCCAUCAACGAGUCGUUGGGUCGAGGUUAGUGGGACUAGUACAGCUAUAGUUAUACUGUAGACUAAUAUCUCAAGACAUAUACUGUAAAUGCGAACUACAUUGAGUCUAGAUAGAUUAACACUAUCAGAUUAUUGUGUAUUAAGAACGAAGAGUGCUAAAUUGCAUUGCAAAAGAGUGAUGGAGCAAUGUCAAUGAUCUGGACUUGACAUAAAAUGUAUUAAAAUAUUGAACCUUCUGUGAGCUAGGUUAGUGGGAGCACUGGUAGGAUGCACGUUGGAUAGCCGUGCCACCAACUUUGUCCAGUUUAUUUAUUUGAUGAAUGAAUGUAAGAAUUAAAGCUCGAGAAAGCUAACCUUCACGAAAUUGAAUAGUAUCCUGUCCAGUUGAAAUCGAUUAUUGUAACUCUAGUUGGUGAUAGACAACGGAACAAACGGCUAAUCUAGCGUUGAAAGUUAAUACAGUCUGAAAAUUGUAGUACGGUGUGUGAAGAGAGAUACAGUAAGCGAAAUAUAGACAAAAAGAACUUAUACAGUAGUUGUUACCCUUGAACCUGAUUUAUCGGUUAUUGAUUAACCAUUGGGAAAGAAUUGGUGAAUUUGUAAUAGAUUUUCUCGUAGAUACUCGGCAGAUAAUGUACACAAAAAUAACUACAAUUAAAGCAAGCACUUUCUACUUCCUCUUUUUAGGUGUUGUAAAUCCAAGCAUUAGCCAUGAACGUGAUUGUAAUGAAUGUCAGAAUGAGAUAGGAGAUGGGUCAAUGGCCGUGUUUGCUGAAAGUGCUGGAUCGUCUGUUGCCUGGCAUCCACAAUGUUUCUGCUGUCAUAAAUGCAAGGAACUUCUUGUUGAUAUGAUUCAUUUCUUCAGUAAUGGUAAUGUGUACUGUGGACGUCAUUAUGCAGAACUUGAUGGCCAUCGCUGCAGUGGCUGCGAUGAAGUUAGUAUAUAUAUAAAGUAUAUGGGCCACAUUCACGAAUCUCCUUAUGUUGUGGAUAAUAACGCAUGCUAGUCAUGUACUUGUCUUCAGUAAACCAAAAUCAGUGUACAAUUGUACAGUACAGUGCAGUACAAUUAACUGGUUCAUUUUCUAGCACUCUAGGGAUUAGAUAAUUGAAGCAACUGUUCACCGUUACCAUUUCUAACAAGCAGUGAGUGCGAAUUAUAAAUUCAGGAAGGUCUGAAGUUGUUCAAUUUAAUGAUAACUGCAGUACGUGGCUUGUUAUAGCAUAGCUAUAGCCUAUAAGAGAACGCUUAAAAGAGGGCGUACUCUACUAUGAAUCAGUUGUACUGGCUUAAUGUUGACACCUGUUAAAGACAGUAUCUUACCUAAUAUUUUAUUCCUGACCAUUUCAGCUGAUUUUCGUCACUGAGUACUCCCAUGCAAUGGACAAGGACUGGCAUGAAGAUCACUUCACGUGUGUGAAUUGUGAAAAGCCCUUAAAGCGAGAGAAGUUUGUGUCAGUUGAAGGCAGGCCAUGCUGUACGCAGUGUUAUAACAAGGGAGUGGCCAGUGUUUGUGAUGAAUGUGGGCAAUCUAUUGGACCUGGAUCUAAGGAUAUCAUUGUUCGUGAUCGUCACUGGCAUGAGAAUUGUUUUGUUUGCUCUUCUUGUAGCAAACCAUUGGUGAGUAUACCAUGUAUUGUGUGAUAUACGGUGCACAGUGCAUUUUUAAAAUAUGUUUGUAUGAAUUUGGAAGAUCCUCCGCAACCUGGUAGUGCUACUGACACACAGGGAUCACUUGUACAAUUAUAUUGCAGUAUAAAUACUAUACCAGUUAACAGCAUUUCCUUAAUGCAUAUGGACUUGUAGUCCAUAUGCAUUAAGUCCUCAACAUUCUCGGUAUUAACCACAUAUAUUUCCAUUUACCUUUCAGUUAAAUGAAGGGUUCACAUUUCAAGGAGAAGAUCUGGUUUGCCAUAAAUGUCGAGGAAUUAACCCGUCGAAGAAUUGUGCUGAGUGUAAGAAGGAGCUUCAACCUGGUGAGAAGAAAGUUGGAUAUCAAAAUGCGACCUAUCACGAAGGCUGUUUCACGUGCUCUCGAUGUAAUGAUCCUAUUGGUUCAGAGCAGUUCGUUAACAAAGAAGACAAGCGUUACUGUCAGCCAUGCUUUAAUAAAUUUGUUGCUAAGGUACGUAUUACACUUGUGCGUAUUAUUAAACUUAGCACUUUGUAUGUGCUUCCUUGGUAAGGCUAGCUAGCAAGCUGUCUUUUCACACAGCACUAGUAAACCUCGUCCAUCGUUUUAAUAUCCCAGUAGCGUUUCCACAUGCAUGUCGUCGACUACGAUUCAUACGUUCUACUGUAUACACCAUCCAAGGCAGCACUUGGCAGACACUUCGCGAAAUAUUGGGGGGGGGGGGGGUGAAUUAGGUUCCCAACAUAUGCCCACCUUUUGUAGCUUGAAAUCAUAGUUCUUUAAACUUUGCCUUAAAUUCCAUGCAAUAUAUUCUUAAUUUAUAUAGCAUAUCGUAAUUCAAAUAUUGGGGUUACAGCUUUGACCCAGAUACAGUAAUAAUCAUUCAAAGGCUUUCAUUUGGGUGACCCCCCCCCCCCCCCCCCCCCCCCCCCCCCCCCCCCCUCAGGCCUGGAUCUAGCUCAACAACGGCUUAUAUAUAGUCAUAAUAUUUCAAUAACAUUCCUUUUUAUAUUAAAUUUAGGUUUGCUUCAAAUGUGAUGAAGUGAUCAAGACUACCUCUGUAACAUACGAAGGCAAUUCAUUCCACAGUGAUUGCUUUGUAUGUGCUGAGUGUGGAAAACCGUUAGCUGGGAAAGCUUUCUGUCGAAUGGAGGACGAACGAGUAUGCCACGAUUGUUAUUUAUCAAAUCACGCCAAGACCUGCGCUGGUUGUUUGAAGUCAAUUGAAGGCCAGGAAAGAUAUAUUGUGUAUGAUAAUGAGCAUUAUCAUCGCCAAUGUUUCACAUGUGAUAAUUGCAAGAAACCAAUGGCUGGAGAGAAAUUUCGACUUCGUAAUGAAACUGAACGUAUCUGUAUGGAAUGUGCAUAAACGUAUCCUGUAAGUUAUGUCCACGGAAAUAAGACAUGGUCAUAACAAUCGAAAUCACAUCCAACAAAACGAUUCUAUUCAUUCUUUGUGAAAUUGUAUAUGUCCUAAGUACAUUAUUGCAUGUAUGAACACUUCUUGCGGAAUUUGUAGUGUAGAAAUAAAUUACUGAAGAUCAUUAAAUGUAUCACACGAGCAAAUAAUGGCGAGAACUAACGUACUGUGAAUUGUUGAAUCACCAUGUUCGCCAGUGUAACCCAAUGCAUAAUUAUUGUAUUAUUUUUAUGUAGUGGUUUGGAAAUUAUAUCUUUGAAAUGUAUGUUAGAAUUUACAUACCAGAUUUGAAUAGAUUGCAAGUAUGUUUUAGCUAGUUUAAAGAACCAAUGUGUCUUCUGUGGUAAACGGAUAGGUAGUAAUAACAGAAUUUUAUGAAUAUUUUGCUUACUUUCAAUGUAUUUCUCAAUAGUGUUAAAUUAAUAAAUAUAUUUGUUUUUGAAUUUUUGUAAUCAAUCAAUCCCUGGGAUGUAUAUUGCAGGUGGUGGAUGGUUUGAUAUUCCUCGGGAAAAUAUAAUAUGCACGAACUGUUUCUCGACUGCAGUGGUGCCUAAAUUACUUUGAAUUUGUACUCGAGUAAAAGUAGAAGUAAUUAACAAUAAAACGACUUGAGUAAGAGUAAAAAAUACUGGAG